AUGAGUGAGAGUGAAGAGCAUCAGUUUCAGUCCAUGGCCGAUGUCGGAGCCUCCAAGACUUAUCCUCAACAAGCCGGUACCAUUCGCAAGAAUGGUUAUAUCGUGAUCAAGAAUCGUGCUUUGAAGGGUAACAUCUUUCUUCAAUCUCAGUUUUGUUUUGGAAAAGCCUUGUGUCGUGUUGUGGAAGUUUCCACCUCCAAGACUGGUAAGCAUGGUCAUGCCAAGUGUCACUUUCUUGCAAUCGACAUUUCUAACGGAAAAAAGCUUGAAGAUAUUGUUCCAUCAUCCCAUAAUUGUGAUGUCCCCCAUGUCAAUCGAACCGAUUACCAACUAAUUGAUAUUUCUGAAGAUGGAUUUGUGAGUUUGCUCACUGAAAAUGGUAACACCAAAGAUGACCUCAAACUCUCUACCGAUGAUGCUCAACUAACUCAGAUAAAGGAAGGAUUUGGAAAGGGGAAGGACCUAUUUGUGACUUUUAUGUCAGCAAUAGGAGAGGAACCGAUUUGUGGUCUCAAGGACAUUGGCCCCAUAAUACCCUCAUAA